AUGUGGACUACGGGUAGAAUGAGCAAUGCAAAGAAUUGGCUUGGACUUGGCACAUCCUUGUACUUCUGGGCACUGAUGGACCUUACAACCACCGUUCUCUCCAGCACUCCCAUGCCAGAAGUUGAAUUGAAAACACUCUUCUCAGAAAGGCCACAGUCACAUCAGCGAAGCAAGAGGAGCUGGGUUUGGAAUCAGUUUUUUGUCCUGGAAGAGUAUACUGGGACUGACCCUUUGUAUGUCGGCAAGCUUCAUUCAGACAUGGACAGGGGAGAUGGAUCUAUCAAAUACAUCCUUUCAGGAGAAGGAGCAGGCAUCGUAUUUACCAUCGAUGACACCACUGGAGACAUCCAUGCCAUUCAGAGGCUCGACCGAGAAGAAAGAGCCCAAUAUACUCUAAGGGCUCAAGCCCUAGACAGGAGAACAGGCCGGCCAAUGGAGCCAGAAUCAGAGUUCAUUAUCAAAAUUCAAGAUAUCAAUGACAACGAGCCCAAGUUCCUGGAUGGACCUUAUGUUGCCACUGUGCCAGAAAUGUCACCAGUAGGUACCUCUGUUAUCCAAGUGACAGCCACAGAUGCUGAUGACCCAACCUAUGGCAACAGUGCCCGGGUAGUUUACAGCAUUCUCCAGGGCCAGCCAUAUUUUUCUGUGGACUCCAAAACAGGUGUAAUCAGAACAGCGCUCAUGAACAUGGACAGAGAAGCCAAGGAAUACUAUGAAGUGAUUAUCCAAGCCAAGGAUAUGGGAGGGCAACUUGGAGGCUUGGCUGGAACUACAACAGUCAACAUCACCCUCUCAGACGUCAAUGAUAACCCACCCCGAUUUCCACAGAAACAUUAUCAGAUGAGUGUGCUAGAAUCUGCUCCAGUUAGCUCCACUGUGGGGAGAGUGUUUGCCAAGGACCUAGAUGAAGGAAUCAAUGCAGAGAUGAAGUACACCAUCGUGGAUGGAGACGGUGCAGACGCUUUUGAUAUUAACACAGACCCAAACUUCCAAGUUGGCAUCAUAACGGUGAAGAAGCCCCUGAGUUUUGAAAGCAAGAAAAGCUACACCCUGAAGGUGGAAGGAUCCAAUCCUCACCUAGAGAUGCGUUUUCUGAACCUUGGCCCAUUUCAGGACACAACAACAGUGCACAUUAGUGUGGAGGAUGUGGACGAGCCCCCUGUGUUUGAACCAGGCUUUUAUUUUGUGGAGGUGCCAGAGGAUGUGACAAUUGGAACAACCAUACAGAUCAUUUCUGCCAAGGACCCAGAUGUGACCAACAACUCAAUCAGAUACUCCAUUGACAGAGGCAGUGACCCGGGAAGAUUUUUCUAUGUUGACAUUACAACAGGUGCUCUAAUGACUGCACGACCACUAGACAGAGAAGAGUUUUCCUGGCAUAAUAUAACUGUCCUUGCUAUGGAAAUGAACAAUCCCUCCCAAGUGGGAAGCGUUGCUGUCACCAUCAAAGUCCUGGAUGUGAAUGACAAUGCUCCAGAGUUCCCCAGAUUCUAUGAAGCUUUUAUCUGUGAAAAUGCCAAAGCAGGACAGCUGAUCCAGACGGUGAGUGCCGUGGAUCAAGAUGACCCUCACAAUGGUCAACACUUCUACUACAGCUUGGCUCCUGAGGCUGCUAACAACCCCAACUUCACGGUCAGGGACAACCAAGAUAAUACUGCUCGGAUUCUGACCAGGAGGUCCGGCUUCAGACAGCAGGAGCAGAGCGUCUUCUAUCUGCCCAUCCUCAUAGCAGACAGCGGCCAGCCAGUCCUUAGCAGCACUGGGACGCUCACCAUUCAAGUGUGCAGCUGCAAUGACGACGGCCACGUCAUGUCCUGCAGCCCAGAGGCCUAUAUGCUCCCAGUCAGUUUGAGUCGGGGUGCCCUCAUCGCCAUCCUGGCCUGUAUCUUUGUCCUCUUAGUGUUGGUACUGCUUAUCCUGUCCAUGAGGAGGCACCGGAAACAACCCUACAUCAUCGACGACGAUGAGAACAUCCACGAGAACAUCGUGCGCUACGACGACGAGGGGGGAGGCGAGGAAGACACGGAGGCCUUCGACAUCGCUGCCAUGUGGAACCCGCGCGAGGCGCAGGCUGGCGCCGCCCCCAAGACGCGCCAGGACAUGCUCCCCGAAAUCGAGAGCCUCUCUCGCUAUGUGCCUCAGACCUGUGCGGUCAGCAGCACGGUCCACAGCUAUGUGCUGGCCAAGCUCUAUGAGGCCGACAUGGACCUGUGGGCCCCGCCCUUUGACUCCCUGCAGACCUACAUGUUUGAGGGGGACGGCUCUGUGGCCGGCUCGCUCAGCUCCCUGCAGUCAGCCACCUCGGACUCAGAGCAGAACUUUGAUUUCCUCACGGACUGGGGACCCCGAUUCCGGAAACUGGCAGAACUCUACGGAGCAUCAGAGGGGCCCACGCCCUUGUGGUGACAGGAGCCCCGGAGGCAAAGGUGCACCCACAUACAGACGUUUCUCA